AUGCGCAGAACGGCACAAAAACUGGGACUGACACUGCGUAUUCGAAGGCACUGGCACAUGCGCAGAACAGUAAGUACACUGGUGCAUGCGCAGAAUGGUCCAGAGAUUUCGGCGUGCACAUUGGCAUUUGCGCAGAAUAAAGCGCGCGAACCAAUCGCUGCUGGAGUCGAGCUAUUGCCAACAGAGAACACUGAACAUAUAAGCCAGUUGUACACAAAACUGUUCCAUGAAGCUGAGAAAAUCAAGAAGUGGAAAUUAGCAAUGGAUAAUGAACUGUGGCAAAAAGAUAAGAAAUUACAAGAAAAUAAACAAACUAUUGAAGUUCAACGUAAAGCAAUACAAGAACAGCAGUUUGAAAAUGAGAGUCUCAGUAUGAAAUUAGAAGAAGAGAUCAGUAAAAAUGAAGAAGCGACUAAAAUACAUAAUGCUACAAGAGAUCUAUGCUCUCUUGUGAAAGAAACAUGUUCUAGAUCAACUGAAAAAAUGAGAGCAUACGCUGGUUUGAAGUUCUGCAUUAACUGUUCGUUCUACUGUGACAUCGAGGAAUGGGAAUCUGUUGUCAUUUUCCUCCUCUUUGUGAAUUUUAUGCCAGUAAGGAUAUUGUUGAUUGUUCAGUUUUGUGAUGACGAUGGUAUCAUCCACAUGGUAGACCCAAAGUUUGUGUUCGUUGAUGAAGCAGAAAGAGAUGAAACGCGUCGACUCUAUGCUGAAAAUGCUGAAAAUAUUGAGAGAAUUAUAAUGGCUUUUGAAGAACUUCGCAAGCAAGCUGAAAAUUCAAGACUGGAAAUCAUUUUUAAGUUAAAAGAAGAAAUGGAACAAAGAGAGCAACUUAGGAAUAAGUAUCAACAACAACUAAAUGAAAAAGAGAAUGAGGUACAACAUUUGCAACAGCAAUAUAAACAAAAAGACAGUGAACUUCAUGAGACGUGGAUUCAUCUGCAAGAGUCUAAACUUAGAUGUGAUCAGCUAGAAGAAACAAUCAGACAUCUUAAUGAAAAUCUUCAAGAGGCAUGUACCAAAGAACAGAGUUUGACUACAGAACUAAAGAAGACAGAAGACUUGCUGAAGAAAAGAGAGGUUUCUCAAAAGUCUUUUGAAGAAGAAUUAGAAAAUGCCAUGAAGAUUAUCAUUCAGCUUACUGGAGAAAAAGAAAGCCAAAUUGAAGAAUUUAAUAAAGUUACAACGAACAGUGCAUCAACAAUUGCUGAACUUCAAAAUACAAUUGAACAUUUGGAGGAAUCAGUCAGAUCAGAACAGCGAAGAUCCAAACAAAUUGAAGAAACUUUAAGGGUUUCUUCUUUGGAGUUGGAAGAGAAGACAUUAGCUCUAGUGAAAUUGGAACAAUCUAAAAUUGAAAAUGAAUUGAAGAUCAACCAGCUAAAAGAAGCUUUGAAUGACAAAACAAUAACACAAAAUAAAUUAGAAGAAGAACUGAUGAGUGAAAAAUUAGAGAAAGGGAAAUAUUUUGAACAAUUGGAAUCAGCAAAGAAAAUACAGAAUGAUUUACAGGACAAAGAGGUGAUAUUGCUGCAUAAAAUUGAAGAACUUCAGAAAUCUGUUGAUGAAUUAAUGAAGGAAAAUGCAAACUUAAAGGAAGCUACUCAAAGUAAAGAGAGUGUACUUUCAGAGAUGCAAGGACAGAUAAUUAAUUCACUUUCAAAAGAGAGGGAUUAUUUUGAAAAAAUAAACAGCUUGAAAGCUGGGAUCACAGAAGAAAGAAAAAAACAUGAAAAGCUGUUUUCGGAUUACAAUAUCCUGUUAGCAGAGAAUGAAACUAUUUCACAUGACCUAAAUAACAGAAAUGCAGAAAUUAAAGAUCUUCAAAGAAAACUGGAAAUCAUUGAACAGAAAGAAGAAUCAGCACAGGAAGAGAUAGAAAAACUUAAAAAACAAAAUAAUCAGCAGAAAGAAGAGCUUAAAGCUCUGGAGAAGACAUUAAAGCAACAAGAUCAAAUAGCAGACACUAAACUUGAAGAAAAAGAAGAAAAUUCCAAAAAUUUACUAAAUGAAGUUAAGAAGAAGGAAAAAUUAAUGAAGACAAUGGAGAAUAAGCUGAACUGCAUGAAAAAGCAACUUGAAAAUAAGAACAAAUCCAAUGAAGAACUAAAUCAAGAGAAUAAGAGCUUGAAAAAGAAACUUAUAGAAGAAACUAAGCACUGCAAUGUUUACAAAACUGAGAUAGAACAAUUGAAUUUACAAUUAACGAGUCUCAACAAGCAAUCUGAAGAAACUAUUCAGAGCCUUGAGAAGGCAGUUGAAAAGGAGAAGCUUGACAAUGAAAAAUUAAAUGGAGAGGUAAAAACAUUGAAGUUGACAGCAGAAGCAGCAGUUCUGACUCAGAAAGAAGCUGAGAUGAUGUGCCAGAACAAGAUUGCUGAAAUGGUAACAUUGAUGGAAAAGCACAAGCACCAGUAUGAUAAAAUGGUCGAUGAAAAAGAUGCUGAAUUGAAAUGCUGGAAGGAAAAAGAACUAAAUGUCAACUUAUGUAAAAAGCCUUUGGAGAUUGAAUUAUUAUCUGUCAAAGAUGAGCUCUCGGGUAUAAAACAGGAACUUAAAAAUGUAAUUGAGGAAAAGGAAACUUUGGCAAAGCAAGCUAAAGCAUUGAAGGACACAGUCAAAUCUUUGAAUGAUGAGCUAAAGAAGAAAGUAGAAUCAAAUUCCACAUUGAAGAUGUUCAACAAUACUGCAUCAAAUUGUGAAGUACCCUCAACUCCUGUUAAAAGGAACAAUUUAUCCACCGCCUCCAAAUCAGCAGAAUUAUCAAAGCAGUCGGGUUCUAUUAUUCAACGUACUCAUACAUGGGCCUCUGCAGAAAAAUCUAGAAUUGUCCCAAAUCAUCAGACAUAUACAAUAAGAACACCACCAGUCAUUCAAAAUAAACUUCUGAUCGGCACAAUGAAGCCACCUUGUGGUGAAGUUUUGCAGAAAAAGAGAAAAGUGGCUUUAGACCUGGAUACACAUUCAGAUAGCUCUGAGCACAGUGAUCUUCUGAGCAUGAUUCCAGAAUCCGAAAUGUUCAGAGAGUUGUAUAAAGGAAACUCAGAUGCUGCUUGUUUCUUUGAAAAGCCACAACAACAGUUGACCAGCCCAGCAAAGCCCAAAAUAUAUGGCAAUGCUCUCAAACUGGCUACUGUUAAAAAGAUGCGAGCAGCUGGUUGGGAAGCUGUAGCAAAGGAAAGCAGAAAGAAGAGAAUGAAAAUUGCUGAGAAAAUAUUCUGA